CCGCCCCAGGCCCCGAGCGACGAGGACGACCCCAAGGCCCUGCAGCAGGCCGCGGAGGAGGGCCGCGCCCACCCGUCCCCGAGCGCGGCCCAGCCGGGCCCUGCGCCGCCCGCCCCGGCCCAGCUGGUGCAGAAGGCGCACGAGCUCAUGUGGUACGUGCUGGUCAAGGACCAGAAGAGGAUGAUCAUCUGGUUUCCAGACAUGGUGAGGGAUGUCAUCGGCAGCUACAAGAAGUGGUGCAGAAGCAUCCUCAGGCGCACUAGCCUCAUCCUCGCCCGGGUGUUCGGGCUGCACCUGAGGCUGACCAGCCUCCACACGAUGGAGUUUGCGCUGGUCAAAGCGCUGGCGCCCGAGGAGCUGGACAGGGUGGCUCUGAGCAACCGCAUGCCCAUGACAGGCCUCCUGCUCAUGAUCCUGAGCCUCAUCUACGUGAAGGGCCGCGGGGCCCGAGAGAGUGCCGUCUGGAAUGUGCUGCGCAUCCUGGGGCUGCGGCCCUGGAAGAAGCACUCCACAUUCGGGGAUGUGAGAAAGCUCAUCACCGAAGAGUUCGUCCAGCAGAACUACCUGAAGUAUCAGCGCGUGCCCUACGUGGAGCCUCCUGAGUACGAGUUCUUCUGGGGCGCCCGGGCCAGCCGCGAAAUCAGCAAGAUGCAAAUCAUGGAGUUCCUGGCCAGGGUCUUUAAGAAGGACCCCCAGGCCUGGCCUUCCAGAUACAGAGAAGCUCUGGAGGAGGCCAGAGCACUGCGGGAGGCUAAUCCCACUGCCCACUGCCCCCGCAGCAGUGUCUCCGAGGACUAGCAAGUUCUGGAGGCAGAUUAAUGGUUUCUGACCCUCUUCAGGGCUGUGGAAGGGUGGGGUGGGUCAUUAGAGUAUUCAGGAUUUACAGUGCAGUAUUUCACGUGUAACUUUUAAGUUUUCAGUACAGUGCUUUUAUACCUUUUAACGCAAUGUUGUAUUCAUUUGGGUACUAUUGAGUAGUGUUUAGGAUUUAUGCAUGUUUGUUUAUAAGUACACUCAUUUGGUGCUUUCGCUUUUGUGCUUCCUUUCUUGAAUUUUUGUACCAGAGAUGUGCUAAACUUAUGAAAUACAUUGAGAAAUUUUCCAUCUUAUUCUUUUAUAUGGGACGGAUGAUGUGUAUUGAGGCAGACCGUUCCUGGAGAGUUUGGAAGAACUCACCAGCAAAGCUGGCCUGACCAAGAGAAAAGACAAGACCCCUGCCUCUCUUUAUGACCUCGCUGGGUGCAGGAACCGUCUGUGUGGAGUGAACUGAUCUGAACUGGAAUGGUCUCAGUGUGGGCCCUUGGCACUCUUUACUAAACACAUAUACAACCCCACCAUGAGUAAACUUUAAAGUAAACAUUAAAGAUUCUUGUGAUACAAUCA